AUGCCUCAGGAAAUCACGUCUGUUGAUAGUAAUCAGUCUGUCUACCGGGAUGCUCCAGGCACUGAGAUUUUGUACGACAUGGCUGAAGACGGCCUAGGAUUUCGCAGGCUACGCGAUCUUCAGCAUGUCGAAUCAGGAGAUGGUCAUCUGCUGCUCGUUCCUCAGCCAUCCUUGACUGAUCCCAACGAUCCUUUGCGCUGGCCCGCCCUCAAGAAAUGGGUCACUUUCUUCUAUGCUUUAGGCUAUUCCUUCAUGGGUGCUGUCACUGGUCCUAUCAUGACUGCUUGGAUGGUAGAAGGCGCGACUUUCUACAAGACAUCCAUUCAACGGAUGACCUACACUGUUGGCGCGACACUCGUAUGCCAGGGCGUUGCGACUACCCUAUGGAUGCCAUUCGCUGUAAAAUAUGGUCGGCGACCAGUCUACCUCUUCUCAAACACGCUGAUGGGUGUCGGCUGCAUCUGGCUUGCGAUUGCCAGCAAAACUUCGUAUACCUCUUUCCUCGUCGGUCGAGCCUUUCUUGGUGUCUUCGAAGCUCCUAUCGAAUCCAUCGUGCCGAGCACAAUCACGGAUAUUUUCUUCUUACACGACCGAGGUGCUAAAGUCUCGUACUAUGGACUAAGCGUCCUAGGAGGAAACGAGCUUGGACCGAUGUUGUCGGCACUCAUCAUUCAAAGCCUCGGGAUGGCCUGGACAUUUUAUAUUGUGGCGGCCUUUAUUUUCGCCCUCUCGAUCGGUCAGUUCCUUAACAUGCCGGAAACAAUGUAUCUCGGGGUUCGACCUACGUUAGAUUUCCAGCAGAUUGUGGCCGACACUGGCAAGGACUCUGAAGGAGUGUCUCAGAUUGAGGUCGUCGAACUGAAUACUUUCACCGUCUCGAAAAAGACUUUCGUGAAGGAGCUAUCUUUCUGGGGUCUAAAUGACAAGAGUGUCUCCUUGUGGCAGGCUUUCGCACGACCAUUCGUACUGCUUGCUUAUCCCACCGUAAUCUGGUCAUGUUGUUGUUAUGGAUUGGCGAUAAGCUGGAAUGUUAUCAUGGCCACCACAAAUGGACAACUGUUCGCGCCACCGCCGUAUUCAUUCAGCACCGCUGCUCAGGGUCUCAUCUUUGGUUCUCCCUUGAUUGGGUCUCUUGUCGGUACUUACAUGUGCGGUCCCGCGGCCGAUAACGUUGCCAAUUUCUUUACGCGCCGCAAUAAUGGUAUCAGAGAGCCGGAAAUGCGUCUUCCAACCUGCGUUAUCGCCGCUGCUUUGACAUUCAUCGGCAGUCUAAUUGCUGCUUUAUGUCUUCACUAUCAGACACACUGGGCUGGACCUAUUGUUGGCUACGGUAUCCUAAGCGCUGGUGGUCAAAUGGGCGCCACAAUUUCUAUGAGCUACGCACUAGAUUGCCAUCAAGAGUUGAGUGUCGAGCUCAUGGUAACGGUGGCUUCCAUGAAGAGCACGAUAGCCUGGAUCUGGACAUGGGUGAUCAAUGACUGGUUGAUCCGAGACGGCCCUCUGGUAGUCCUGAUGGUGGUGACGGCCGUCAACCUAGUGGUGUAUGCAUCUGCAAUGGUCCUAUACGCCAAGGGAAAAGCCGUCAGGAUCUGGCUACACGAAAAUAACUUUAUGCGGGCCUGUAAGCUCGCUUGA